GGAGCUUCACCCUGGUAAGUACUAAGCCCAUCGCUUUCGAUAUCGUCUAUGUACUUUGGGCGGUGGCUGGGGAUGUCUGCGCCCCGUGUACGAAAUGUGCUCACCUGCAACUUUCUCCACGCGUCAGCAUAUCCGCAUUCGUCGCACACCCAUAAUACCAACUUUCCCGCGACACCAAAAUGGACAAGAUCAAGGAGAAACUGGAGAAGCUCCGCGUCGAAUCCGAGCAGCAUCACGGCCGUGCAGAAAAAGCCGAAAGCGAAGCUCGCGAGCUGAAGGCAGAGCUCGCAAGGCGUGAGACGGAGGUGCAGAGUCUGAACAACAAAGUUACGCUGUUGCAGGAGAACUUGGACCGGACUGAGAAGCGUGUCGAGGAGAUCAAACUCAAGAAGAACGAAGGUGACUUGGAGGAGUCGCAAGUCGAGUCGCUUCAACGGAAGGUGCAGAUGCUGGAACAGCAAUUAGAGGACAAAGACCGGGUGUGGAAGGAGGCUACUGAAAAGUCCCGCAGCUUAGAGCUGACCUCGGAACAAUCAGAACGCAAAGCAAAGCAACUAGACGCUGAAAAAACCGAGCUCGAGAAACGUCUGGACGACAUGACGCAAAAGUACAAUGUAGUGAAGCAGGAGCUCGAUUCUACCCUGAAGGGUCUGGAGGAUCUCUGAGGCCUUCGGUCUACCUCUUCGCCAUCACCCGCUUUGCAUAUAUGUAACCGAACUCAAACAAGCCGGCUCUGGAUUGGGGCCUUUCGCUUUGCUACUUUUGGGCUUCAUAGGAGACAUCUUUGCUACACACCGUCGUCUUUCCCCUUUUCUUUAUUUUUCCCUUACUUGUUCACUUGUUUGGGUGGCCUUUGAAUCAUCGCGCGGAAUGAAUAUAUAUAAUCUUUUCUAGCAGAAAC